AUGGUGCUUCCGAAUAUUUACCAAGGUAAUUCCUCUGAUCAUGUCAUCCCUAGUGGUGUUAUGUCUGCUGGCAAUGUGAAUCAAGAUGUAGAUGAUAUCCUGAAUGAUGAAAGUGGUCCUAGUGAACCCAUGCAUGAUACUUCCACUGAUGUUGAUCCUAAAGUUGUUUGUGAAAAUAUUAGCAAAUAUGAUAGUAAAGAUGUAACAGUUGAUGUUAGUAAAGAUAAAGAUAUUGUUGACAGUGAAGAGGUAAAUAUUGAAGUUAGUCAAGAAGAUGAUAUGAAUGUCAUUAACUAUCUUAAUGACUAG